CUUCCACCCCACCAAUAUUACAACAACUUAAAAUUAAAAAGUUCAAGAGUCUUGGUCCGCCUUUGGCCACGAUGAAAAUCUCAUUACAGAUGGACGAUCAAGGAAAAGGGUUGCACGGUAAGAACAAGAGCAGGACCGCACUGUAUAAUUGCUCUUGUUGAAGGUCAUCAUUUUCUAUGCUAGUGUAUCCCCAAAAAUUUCAAAAAAAGCCAAAUGAAAUCGGAUUUCAGGUCCGUCGCUGAAGAAUUUCGGAGAAAAACAGAGAGGAUGCGAUAGGUUGUGAGUGGUGCGAGCCCUCGGAUGCGGUGGUGCAUAGGACAAAGAAGAAAGUUGAGGUGGCAGAAGCUCAAUCAAUCGUUCGUUUGAAAGUCGUCGUGGAUGGGCCAGUCAGCUUCGACGGCAGCUGCAGUCUCCAGCUGCCGUGAAAGCAAGAAUCAUAGCAAUCGUUCAAAGAUUAAAUCAACGGCUCUGAUCUCUCCGAUGCUGGCUGAAGAAUCCGCUGGCUGCCGGGGAAUCUUCGAUGGGGUCUCCGACUACAUUUCAGAUCUGCCCGACGAGUGUUUGGCCUGUAUUUUCCAGUCCCUGGGUUCCGGCGACCGGAAACGCUGCUCGCUCGUCUGCCGAAGGUGGCUGAGGAUCGAGGGACAGAGCCGUCACCGUCUCUCACUGGACGCUCAAAAAGAACUUCGCCCCAUGAUCCCCUCCCUCUUUUCUCGAUUCGACGCCGUGACGAAGCUCGCACUGAAAUGCGGCCGCAGAUCUGAGAGCAUCGGAGACGAGGGGCUUGUCCUCAUCUCGCUCCGCUGCCGGAAUCUCAGACGCCUCAAGCUCCGUGCCUGCCGCGAAUUGACGGAUACUGGCAUGGCGGCCUUCGCGAAGAACUGCAAGGGCUUGAAGAAGCUCUCUUGCGGAUCCUGCACCUUCGGAGCCAAAGGGAUGAACGCGGUGUUGGAAAAUUGCUCAUCUCUGGAGGAGUUAUCGGUCAAGCGGCUCCGUGGCAUCACUGACGUGGCAGCUGCAGAGCCAAUAGGGCCUGGCAUAGCUGCCUUAUCUCUGAAAACUAUUUGCUUGAAGGAGCUUUACAAUGGAGUAUGUUUCGGACCUCUUAUUAUCGGCGCAAAGAAUCUUAGAACUUUGAAACUGUUCAGGUGUUCUGGAGAUUGGGAUAAGCUUUUCCCUAUAAUUACGGACCGAGUCCCGGGAGUCGUUGAGAUCCAUCUGGAGAGGCUUCAAGUUAGCGAUGUGGGUUUGGCAGCGAUCUCAAAUUGCUUGGAUCUAGAAAUUUUGCAUCUGGUCAAGACACCGGAAUGCACAAAUGUUGGGCUGGUAUCCAUUGCAGAGCGCUGUAAACUGUUGCGGAAGCUUCACAUUGACGGAUGGAAAGCAAACCGUAUUGGCGAUGAGGGAUUGGUUGCGAUUGCAAAAUCAUGCUCUAAUCUGCAGGAAUUGGUUCUAAUCGGCGUCAAUCCCACGAAAGUAAGCUUGCAAAUGUUGGCGUCGAGUUGCCUGAAUCUAGAGCGGUUGGCAUUGUGCGGAAGCGACACCGUCGGCGAUGCUGAGAUUUCAUGCAUUGCCACCAAAUGUAUAGCAUUGAAGAAGCUAUGCAUUAAGAGUUGCCCUGUCAACGACAAUGGGUUGGAAGCUCUGGUGGCUGGUUGCCCCAAUUUGGUGAAAGUGAAGGUGAAGAAGUGUAGAGGAGUGACCCCGGAGGGUGCGGAUUGGUUGAGGGCAAGUAGGCCUUUGUUAGCAGUGAAUUUGGAUACCGGUGAGCCUGAACAUCAAGACGCAAGUGCCAGUGAUGGUGGGGUUCAAGAUAAUGGGGUGGAGUUCCCUCCAAUGGCUGCCCCGGUAACGGCUACGAAUAAUGUUGCAUCGAGCAGUUCGGGUACGGGACGAUCGACGUCAUUCAAAUCAAGCCUAUAUUUUGCAUUAAAUAAAAGAGCAGUUAUGGCUUCAUUCACCAGAUUUUCUUUUAAUAAGCCAUGCUGUUGACAUGCUGCAUUGGAAGCUACGGGAACCUGAUGUAAAUCCAAUCCAUAAGUGAUGCUGACAAGUAUUAAGUUUUCAUUACGAGUUCUUCAGACAUGCCAUAUCAGCUUUAAUGGGGGCUUAGUUGAACACUUAUUUGGUCUGAAGAUACCGAGUUGCCUAGCUUUUAUUGGUCCGUGGAACUUUGUUUCUUUUUAUUUGCUUCAGCCUUUUGACUGGUAAGCUAUUUUGUAUCAUCAAUGUUCCUGUAUAUUUCCAAGGCAUUAUUUUGGUUAUUGGCGUUGUCUGGCUUCACGAUUUGAUGAAUUUUAGUGGUUUGAAUUAAUGUGGUAAGGAUUAAGAAAUGAACAUAAGAUAUUUUCAUAUUA